AUGACUCUGCUGCUGCAAAUCCUUCUUGGUUUUCUUGCCCUUCUGAUUGCACUCCUCUACCGUCAAGGGGCAUUUCGACAGCGGCGACCAGGAGAACCCCCUUUGGAUAAGGGGCUCAUCCCCUGGCUGGGUCAUGUUGUAGAGUUUCGCAAGGACACAGCUAAGUUUCUAGAGCGGAUGAAGCAAAAGCAUGGCAACAUAUUUACGGUACAGCUGGGAGGCAAUUACAUCACAUUCAUUAUGGACCCUUUGUCAUUCGGAGCAUUUGUUAAGGAGAGUCGAGAAAAACUGGACUUCAACAUGUUUGCCAAGCAACUGGUGCACCGACUCUUUGGUUACAAAUCUCCAGAGAAUGAGCACCACAUUAUUAUGACAAGCAGCCACAAACACCUGAUGGGGCCUGGACUGGAACUGUUGACACAAUCCAUGAUGUCUAAUUUGCAGAACGUAAUGUUGGACAAUAUUGGCUCAUCUGCGGUUCAAAAUAAUUGGAUAGAAGAUGGUCUGUUUAGGUACAGCUACAAUAUAAUUUUUAGGGCUGGCUACUUAUCCCUUUUUGGCAAUGUGUCACACAAGACUGAAGGAAAUGUAGAGAAAGCCAAAGAGAAAGACAAAGCUGAAUCAGAAGCUUUAUUUUACAAGUUCUGUAAAUUUGACCUCUUCCUUCCCAAUCUGGCUUAUGGAGUCCUGCUCCCAAAGGAAAAGAUGGAGGCAGAGAGCCUAAAGGCUUUCUUCUGGAAAGCACUGUCAAUGCAAAAGGUGAAGACCAAGGACAACAUCAGUCCUUGGGUGUGGGAAAUGCAACAGGCCAGACAGGAGAUGGGUAUAAAGGAAUCAAUGAUAGACAGGUACAUGCUUGUGCUUCUUUGGGUUUCCCAAGGCAACACAGGGCCUUCUGCAUUCUGGCUGCUCCUCUUCCUCGUGAAGCACCCUGAAGCCAUGACGGCUGUGAAGGCUGAGGUAGAUAAGGUUCUGAAGGAAUCUGGACAGGAAGUGCUACUUGGUGGCCCGUUGAUUAACCUGACCUGUGACAUGCUGAAGAAAACACCAAUUCUGGAUAGCGCUGUAGAGGAGACACUUCGACUCAUUGCGACACCCCUCCUUACCAGAUCAGUGCGACAGGAUAUGACUUACAACAUGGCUGACGGUUGCAAAUACCAUCUCCGCAAGGACGACAGGUUGGCAGUCUUUCCUCACAGUGUCAUUCAGGCUGACCCGGAGAUUCACCCUGAUCCACAUUCAUUUAGAUAUGAUCGCUUUCUGCAGCCAGAUGGGAGCAAGAAAACUGAUUUCUACAAAGCAGGGAGGAAGGUGAAGUAUUACAACGUUCCCUGGGGCGCAGGGACCUCCAUGUGUCCUGGGAGGUUCUUUGCCAACAAUGAGCUGAAACAGUUAGUUUUCCUCAUGGUGGUCUACUUUGAGUUUGAGCUGAAGAAUCCUCAUGAAAAUAUACCUGACCCUGGUGUCAGUCGAAUUGGCUUUGGAGCACUUCAUCCCAUGAAAGACAUCCAGUUUCGUUACAGACUCAGAUUCUGA